CCUUUUCGCUGGCGGGAGGCGAGCUGGGCGCGUGUCUCUCAGAGGCAGCGCGUGGCGAGGGCGAGAUGGCGGACGGCCCAGGCUCUGUCUCUAAGAAGCACAAGAAAAAGAAAGCACAGAAAUCUCUGCGAGAUGAAGAUGUUGCUGAUAUACAGUAUUCUGAAGAAUUCUUUAUCAAGCCUGAAUCCAGAGUGGCUCAACUGGACACAUCACAAUGGCCUUUACUUCUCAAGAACUUUGACAAGCUGAAUGUGAGGACAGCACACUACACACCCCUUCCUUCUGGUUGUAAUCCCUUACAAAGAGAGAUUGGUGAAUAUGUAAGGACGGGCUUCAUCAAUCUCGACAAACCUUCUAACCCUUCUUCCCACGAAGUGGUGGCCUGGAUCCGCCGCAUCCUACGUGUUGAGAAGACAGGGCAUAGUGGCACAUUGGACCCCAAAGUGACUGGGUGCCUGGUUGUAUGCAUUGAGCGAGCAACACGCUUGGUCAAGUCUCAACAGAGUGCAGGCAAAGAGUAUGUGGGAAUCGUUCGGCUGCACAAUGCAAUCGAGAGUGAGGUUCAGCUGUCAAGGGCAAUAGAAACACUGACUGGUGCCCUCUUCCAGCGGCCCCCACUCAUUGCUGCAGUGAAGAGGCAGCUGAGAGUCCGAACAAUCUAUGAGAGCAAAUUGGUAGAAUAUGACCCAGAAAGAAGAUUGGGUAUCUUCUGGGUGAGCUGUGAAGCUGGGACCUACAUCCGGACACUGUGCGUGCACCUGGGCUUGUUGCUGGGAGUUGGAGGUCAGAUGCAGGAGCUCCGGCGGGUGCGAUCCGGGGUCAUGGGAGAGAAGGACCACAUGGUGACUAUGCAUGAUGUGCUGGAUGCCCAAUGGCAAUAUGACAACAACAAGGACGAGUCGUACCUCAGGAGGGUGAUCUUCCCCCUGGAGAAGCUGCUGACAUCCCACAAGCGACUGGUUAUGAAGGACAGUGCGGUGAAUGCCAUUUGCUAUGGUGCAAAGAUCAUGCUACCUGGCCUGCUGCAGUAUGAAGACGGCAUCGAACUCAACCAGGAAAUAGUUGUUAUCACCCCGAAAGGAGAGGCCAUCUGCACAGCCAUUGCCUUGAUGACAACUGCAGUGAUCUCUACUUGCGACCAUGGAGUUGUGGCAAAAAUCAAGCGUGUGAUCAUGGAAAGAGACACGUACCCUCGCAAGUGGGGACUUGGCCCAUCUCAGAAGAAGAUGAUGACCAAGCAAGGCCUGUUGGAUGCACACGGCAAGCCCAAUGAGAAAACUCCCCAGGCCUGGAAGACGGAUUAUGUGGAUUGUAAUAGGGUUGCUGGAAAGGAAAAGGUAAAAGAGGAAGUCGCCCAAGAGGAGCCAGAAAGGCCACCAAAGCGGAAGCGGGAGGUUGAAAGUGAUGGGGAACCCGGUGCAGCAGCCUCCUCUCCCCCAGCCUCUCCAGAGCUGCAAGCAGAAAUCAAGAAAGCAAAGAAGAAAAAGAAAGAGAAGAGGAAGUCUGAGCUUUCUGAGAGUGGCAGGGAGCUAAGCGAAAUGGGCAGUAGCACAAGUGUGAAGAAGAAAAAGAAGCAAGAAGAAACUGAGAGCUCAGAGUAACCAGCAUGAACCAUCCAGAGCAGGCAGCCUAGGCCAGCAUAAGAAAGAGUCUGAAGGCCUUAACAAAAGUGCAGACUGGAUCAUUGAGCAGAGACUUGACCUGAUUGCUGUGCAAAUUAAUGUACUUUUUGUGGGGGGCCAGCAUGACAAGCUCCCUCUGUCCUGUUCUAAGGGUAGCUGGAGGAAUUGGAGGCCACAAACCCACCCAGGCCUUGGUGAUGUUGAGGAGUUGCUCUGAGCUCCUUUUCUGGGGGUAGCACAAGGCAGCCCUUGAUUUUGGCACGAGUAGCAGAGUCUUCCUUUGCCCCUCCUGCCUUCUUCCUUUGUGUUUCCCUCUGCUUGAAUGUGCAGGAGCUGCUGAACGUAGCGCCAGCUUGGGGUGAAAAGGGGUUUUGUCGUGAGUGGUCAGAUGCAUCAUUUUAAAAAUAAUGCUUUUGUAUUGCCCUCUUUGUGCUUACUUUGACUCUCUUAAUGAGCCAGGAUCCAAACGUUUUCCCUCAGGGUACCAUACCGCCUCCUGUUGCUUUUUAAAGCAGAUACUGAUUUUUUGGGGGAGGGGAUAUCACACUUGCAAGUCUUGGAAGACUUGCUUCUGGUCCUUGCAAGCUCACAUUCUCCUUGGUCCCAGACGCCUUUCAUUCAGCAAAAAUGUCUUGCUUCCUAAUCUGGUUGGGGCCAGUUGAAAACAGAUGCUGAAGCAGAGCAAUAGUCCAGCUCAGUGUUUUAUCCCACAUGCAGUUUUGAGAGGGGAUCAAGCCUUCUGUCCAGGUUUUUUGCGUGGGCUGAGAAAACGAUUGGGAGUCUGUACCCGUCCCUGUGCUCACAUGCACACAAGGUCAGGGGACCUCUGCAUGUGGCUGUCACAUUUGGGGGCAGAUGCUGUGGUCUAUUCCCAUCCCUGUUUUCCUUUUAUUUUCCCCCCACCCCCAUAUUUAGCCAGAGUACCAAAGUUGAUUUUAAAAGGAGGGAUGGUUCUUAAUUUUUUAUUAAAUUACAAAACUUCCAACUCUUAAAAAUAAUAAUAA